AUGUCCCCCAACGAAACAAACACAGCAAAUGGAACUCCGCUCUAUUUAUGCCAACCGUUCGUACGCGCUGCGCUCGUGACUGGCAAGUUCAAGACCAUUGUUGCCCUGCCUAAAUAUGUGGAUAUCAACGAGUGGGUCGCGGUCAAUAUCUUCGACUUUUAUCAGAACCUGAACUUGUUUUGCGCGGUGAUCUCCGAGGUGUGCUCCACCCACACUUGCACUUCUAUGACCGCUGGGCCCAACCUCUCCUACGAAUGGACGGACCGUAAUCGACGCGCGGUCUCGCUUCCCGCGCCUACUUACAUUGACUACGUGAUGACAUGGGUGCAGAACUGCCUCGACGACGAAACGACGUUUCCCACGCGUAGUGGAAGUGAAUUCCCGCCCGCCGCGUCUUCUUCCUUUGCUGCGUGCUGCAAGGCUAUCUUUAUGCAGCUUUUCCGCGUGUUUGCGCAUAUAUAUCACGCUCAUUUUACGGAUCUGCUUCACUUGCACUCUGAAGGCCACUUUAACUCUCUUUUCGCCCACUUUCUCGUGUUUGGACAGCAAUACCGUUUGCUAGAAGUCAAGGACAUUGUUGGCGAUCGAGGAAAGGAGGCUGGAGUUGGUGCUCUCUGGGAACGCUGGCGACAGAUGGGUAUCUUGGAUGCUUAA